AGCUGAUGUGAAUUAUUGGCAGUAUGAAUCCGUUACUGGCAGGCUCAAUUAUUUUUUUUUGCUUAUGCUUGGCUGGCUGCCAGCGAGCUUUGGGGGAGAGAGAGAGAGACGGCCACUGAAGGCUCCACGUGGCUCUGACUCUCUCAGCACUGCUGCCUUUGCACCGGAAGAACGAGAGAAGGCAGCGUCUGCACAGCCGUCCAGAUUAGAAUACGAGACCCUAACCAAGGGGGUCGAGAUAUCACAGAGGAGAUCAUGUCUGGGGGCAGGACAGCCUCCACUCCCACCCCACCACAGUCUACAGGUCCAGUGGAAAGCAGCACAGCACAAGCAAAUGGAGAAAACCCACACCCUGUCACUGUGGUCAUCAGACCAGAUGACCGACAGAAGCCUGCUGCUGCUACAGUUAUGCUGACCCGGGAGCCAGACAAGACAGAGACCACACUUGCAGCGGCAAUAGCGCCCCCUGCUGCCGAGACUGAAAUGGACACUAAGCCAGCCCCUUCGCAGAAGGCUCCAGAACCUGAAGGGGAGGCCUCAGCCAAUACUACUGCCACCGCCCUGCCAGCGGCCAUUCUCCGCGACAGUGAGGACACUCUGACAGCCCCUCAGGAGCAGGCAGCAGAGGAGGCUGGUGCUGCUCCCGCGCUCCCUCCUGCAGCAGUGGAGCAGCCUACCACUGUGGAGACACCCCUGCCAGUGGCAGCAGAGAUGAGAACAGAGGAGCCUGCACCCGAGAGGGAGGAGGAGCAGCAGCAGCAGCAGGAGGUGGUGAUGCCUCUGGUCGAGCAGCAGCAGCAGGAGGUGGUGAUGCCUCUGGUCGAGCAGCAGCAGCAGGUGGUGAUGCCUCUGGUCGAGCAGCAGCAGCAGGAGGUGGUGAUGCCUCUGGUCGAGCAGCAGCAGCAGGAGGUGGUGGUGGUGGUGCCUCCGGUCGAGCAGGAGGUUGUUCUGGCUGUCGCCUCUGUGAAUGUCGAGGCCACCAUGCCUGUGAAAGAGCUUCCGACCGAGACCAACGGCGUGAUGCCAGAGCCUGCUUCCGAGCCGGCCUCCAUUCAGGAGCCCCUGCUCCCCGUGCAGCCUCUGCUGGCACAGGCCCCUUGCGAGGCCCCCCUGGAGUCUCCCAUCGCCCAGCCAGAGGAGCUUAACCUGCCCAACGGGCUGGCAGGCCUCAGCAAACAGGACCCCAAGCUAUCUGAAGAGCAGCCCGAAUCGGACGUCAGCCCCAUUGCAGAGCCAGAGGUGGCCAAGGCACAGGAAGCCCCUCUCUCCAUGCCAGCACCCUGCCCGCCCCCUGUACCUACCCCCGCUACCCAGCCUGCUGUAGAGGAGGAGGAGGAGGAGGAGGAGGAAGAAGAGGCCAGCCCCACACAGAGUGAGCCUCAGCCAGCCGCUGUCAGCGCUGUGCAGGGUGGAGAGAAUGCUAUGCAAGCUGCUGCUGUGUCGAUACCAAAGAAAAAGAGGAAAAUGAAGGAUCUCAACAAAAAAGAGACAGUGGGAGAUCUGUUGGAUGCCUUCAAAGAGUCACAGGUCUCAGAGCCGGAGCAAGACCAGCCAGCUGCCCCCAUCUCAGCAGAGCCAGAGGCAGCGCACCCCCCUGCCCCGGAGGAGACAGACGAAACCUGGGAGGAGAAGGAGGACAAGCUGGACACAGAGAACAUUGAGCCGGACCAGCUCAAACCUGGAGACCUGAAAUACAAGUACAAAGAAGAACAAUGGAAACCCAUCAACCCAGAGGAGAAGAAGCAAUAUGACCGGGAGUUUCUGCUGGGCUUCCAGUUCAUUGUUGCCAGCAUGCAGAAACCAGAGGGGCUGCCGCACAUCAGCGACGUGGUGCUGGACAAGGCUAACAAGAACCCCCUGCGAGCACUGGACCCCAGCCGGCUCACCAGUAUGAACGCUGGACCGGACUUCACUCCCUCCUACGCCAAUCUGGGCAGGCAGCCUAUGGGAGGCAGGGGCCUGCCCUCUGGAAUGGGGCCCCGCCGAUCCCAGCAGGGCCAGAGAAAGGAGCCACGGAAGAUCAUCGCCACGGUGUCGCUCGGUGAGGAAGUGCAGCUCAACAAGGCGGAGAAGGCCUGGAAACCCGGUGCCAAGAGGCCAUCAAGCAAGGAAGAGGAGGACGCCUCCUCUGACAACAGCAAGACACAGGAGCUGUUCCGUAGGGUGCGUGGUAUCCUGAACAAGCUCACCCCCCAGAUGUUCCAGCAGCUGAUGAAGCAGGUGACUGAGCUGACCAUCGACACAGAGGAGAGGCUCAAGGGGGUCAUCGACCUCAUCUUCGAGAAGGCCAUCUCUGAGCCAAACUUCUCCGUAGCCUACGCCAACAUGUGCCGCUGCCUUAUGGGGCUCAAAGUCUCCACGACUGACAAGCCAGGAGUGACUGUGAAUUUCCGCAAGCUGCUGUUGAACCGCUGCCAGAAGGAGUUUGAGAAGGACAAGGACGACGACGAGGUGUUUGAGAAGAAACAGGAGGAGCUGGAUGCAGCUGCAGUGGAUGAUGAAAAGCAGAGGCUCCGUGAGGAGCUGGAGGAGGCGAAGGACAAGGCGCGCCGACGCUCCCUGGGAAACAUCAAGUUCAUCGGUGAGCUGUUCAAGCUCAAGAUGCUGACAGAGCCCAUCAUGCACGACUGCAUCGUCAAGCUGCUCAAGAACCACGACGAGGAGUCCCUGGAGUGCCUGUGCCGGCUGCUCUCCACCAUCGGCAAGGACCUGGACUUUGAGAAGGCCAAGCCCCGAAUGGACCAGUAUUUCAACCAGAUGGAGAAGAUCAUCAAGGAGAAGAAAACUUCUUCCAGAAUCCGCUUCAUGUUGCAGGAUGUCAUCGACCUGAGGAGGAACACCUGGGUCCCCAGGAGAGGCGAUCAGGGCCCCAAGACCAUCGACCAGAUCCACAAAGAGGCAGAGUUGGAGGAGCAUCGCGAGCAGAUUAAGGUCCAGCAGCAGCUCCUGUCCAAGAAGGACAACAGGAGAGGAGGAGGAGGAGGCGGGCAGGGUGGAGCACACCCCUCAGUGGGUCGACCCAGCCAGCCCCAAGAUGAAGGCUGGAACACCGUGCCCAUCAGCACCAAAAACAGACCCAUCGACACCAGCCGACUCAGCAAGAUCACCAAGCCCGGAGCCCUGGACUUCAAUAACCAGCUGCUGGCACCAGGGGGCAGGCUGAUGAGCUGGGGGAAAGGCAGCAGUGGAGGAUCCAAUGCCAAACCUAAUGAACAGGCUCCAGAGUCUGGCAGACCAGCAACAAGCACCUUGAACAGGUUCUCCGCCCUGCAGCAGGCAUCCUCCUCCUCCUCCUCUUCCUCCACCACCUCCACGGCCGCAGACAGUGAUGCCAGGAGAGUGGUUCAGAGGACCAGCUCGAGCCGAGAGCGCAGCGACAAAGGAGAGCGCUGCGAGCGCUAUGAGAGGGUAGACCGAUUCGAGAGGCAGCAGGACCGAGCAGACAAGAACCGCCUGUCCAUCACCAAGAGAAGCUACAGCAAGGAGAUGGACGACCGCAGCCGGGAGAGAGAGCACCGCGGCCCCCAGGACCCUGUCCGCAAGGUGGUCAGCAUGACUGAGGACAGGGGGAGCAGGGAGAGGGAGCGCAGCAAGGAGACGGUUAAACAAGAGCCAGCCGCUGCCCCGGCACCCACCCCCGCUAAACCGGCCCUCACUGAGGACGAAUUUGACAAGAAAUCGAAAGCCAUUAUCGAGGAGUACCUGCACAUCAACGAUAUGAAGGAAGCCCUGCAGUGUGUGCAGGAGAUGAACUCUGUUUCUCUGCUCUUUGUGUUCGUGCGGAACGGGAUUGAGUCGACACUGGAGAGGAGUAUGAUAGCCAGGGAACACAUGGGCCUGCUGCUCCACCAGCUGGUCAAGGCUGGCACCCUGUCCAGAGAACAGUAUUACAAGGGUCUGCUGGAGAUCCUGGAGAUUGCAGAGGACAUGGAGAUCGAUAUUCCGCACAUCUGGCUGUACCUGGCCGAGCUCAUCGCCCCCAUGCUGCACGAGGGAGGCAUCCCAAUGGAGGAGCUGUUCAAGGAAGUGUCCAAGCCCCUGGUACCACUGGGGAAAGCUGGCCUCUUGUUAGUAGAAAUCUUAUCCAUACUGUGCAAAGGAAUGAGCCACAAGAAAGCAGGAGCCCUGUGGAGGGAGGCGGGGCUGAGCUGGAAGGACUUCCUCCCCGAGGAUGAGGAUGUCAACAAGUUUGUCACAGAGAAGAAAGUAGAAUUUACCUUGGGAGACGACUCUGAAAAAACAAGCAAAAAGGAGCUGUCUUCAGAAGAGCUUUGCAGGCAACUGGACAAGCUACUGAAGGAGAAGGCAGACAACCAAAGAAUCUACGACUGGGUGGAGGCCAACCUGGAUGAGCAGCAGGUCGCCUCCAACACUGUAAUUCGGGCAGUAAUGACUUCAAUCUGCCAGUCUGCAAUUAUCUUUGAGAAUCCGUGCCGCGUGGACACCAAGCUGAUCGUGGCGAGAUCGAAAGUGCUGCAGAAGUACCUCAUAGAUGAACAGAAAGAGCUGCAAGCACUCUACGCGUUACAGGCCUUGCUGGUCAAAUUAGAGCAGCCACCAAACUUGCUGAGGAUGUUCUUCGAUGCGCUGUACGACGAGGACGUCAUCAAAGAGGAGGCCUUUUACAAGUGGGAGUUGAGCAAGGACCCUGCUGAGCUACAAGGCAAGGGCGUGGCCCUGAAAUCCGUCACCGCCUUCUUCACCUGGCUGCGGGAGGCAGAGGACGAGUCAGACAAUUAGACAAGGACUGUUUCUAUACAGAGCGUGCAUUUAGAUAUUGAUGAAGCAGUCCUUCCACAGGAGGAUGGGAGUUGGACUGCUCGUGUGCGAUCGUUGAUUUUUUUUUUUUUCUGGUGAAAUGUCUUUAACAAAUAAAACAAAAUAAAAAGAACUGUGGGAGUGCAAUUCCUCAGUAUUCGAAGUUUUAUCUUUUUAUGUUUUAACCCUCUGCAGUUCAUGUCUGAUAAUUCAGAAGAGAAACAAAUAAAACUUUAAAGGCUGCUGUUUUUAAAUGUUCAUUUUAAAGAGACGGCCUAAUAAAAAUGAAAAA